GGAUAUUUUGCAGAUGAUACUGAUCGAUUUCGACUCCAUAAAUUUCGCUGCAACGAAAUCAAAAAGCACAUUCAUAGACACUAGCCAAAGAAAACAGAUCCGAAAUUGGAGAAGUCUUUUCAAGAAGCGAAGAAUUUCAAACCAGUUAUAGUGAUGUAUCUUCUGUGGCUAAUUUCUAUGAUUGGCGCUGUCGCGUGUCAAGAUUAUGCCUACUUGUCUGAUCAAAAAGCUCCAGGCCCAGCAAACUGGUCCCAAGUCUUCCCACAAUGCGCCGGGCAACUUCAGUCACCUGUCAACAUUGAGACAAAGAAAGUGAAGAAGAAAAGCUAUCCUGAUCUCGAAAUCAGUUUUGACAACCCAUGUGGCCGAGUAACUGGAAAGCUGCUUAAUGGCGGCCAUUCUCCUGUUUUCAACAUCGACAGCUCAAAGGGGGGCGCUAAACUUAGUGGCGGUCCUUUAGAGUGUGACGAGUACGCUCUUCAACAAUUCCAUUUUCAUUUUGGAUGCGAAAACAAUCGCGGAUCAGAGCACUUGAUUGACAACCAGACUUUCCCAGCUCAGCUUCAUUUGGUUUUCUAUAACAAAAAGUACAACUCCUUCAAGGACGCAGUGGAUAAACCGGACGGUUUAGCAGUUUUGGGAAUCCUUCUCACGGCCGCCUGCCCAGGAAACAGGGUUCUAGGAAAUUUAGCCAAUAAACUGAAAAAAGUGAUUGACGAAGGUGCCAGCACCAAUGUAACCGCUGCGGACGGCAUUAAACUGAAUUACCUCAUGCCCUAUAAUAACAAACAAGUCGACGAGGAUGAAGAUGAAGACGAAACCGAUGAUAAUGACGUCGCUAACAGCAAAGAAGAUGACGAUGAAGAAAGCAAAAAGAAAAUACGUUACUACACCUAUAAAGGCUCCCUUACCACCCCUCCCUGCUAUGAAUCUGUCACCUGGAUCGUUUUCAAGGACAAAGUCAAAAUUUCUAACACUCAGCUCAACAAGUUCAGGAAACUGAAGGCUCAGCACGGUGGUGCCCCUGGUUUGAUGUGUGACAACAUUCGACCGCCAAAGAAAACAGAUCCGAAAUUGGAGAAGUCUUUUCCAGAAGCGAAGAAUUUCAAACCAGUUAUAGCGAUGUAUCUUCUGUGGCUAAUUUCUAUGAUUGGUGCUGUCGCGUGUCAAGAUUAUGCCUACCUGUCUGAUCAAAAAGCUCCAAGCCCAGCAAACUGGUCCCAGAUCUUUCCAAAAUGCGCAGGGCAACUUCAGUCUCCUGUCAACAUUGAGACAAAGAAAGUGAAGAAGAAAAGCUAUCCUGAUCUUAAAAUCAGUUUUGACAACCCAUGUGGCCGAGUGACUGGAGAGCUGCUUAAUGGCGGCCAUUCUCCUGUUUUCAACAUCGACAGCUCAAAGGGGGGCGCUAAACUCAGUGGCGGUCCCUUGGAGUGUGACGAGUACGCUCUUCAACAAUUCCAUUUUCAUUUUGGAUGCGAAAACAAUCGCGGAUCAGAGCACUUGAUUGACAACCAGACUUUUCCAGCUCAGCUUCAUUUGGUUUUCUAUAACAAAAAGUACAACUCCUUCAAGGAUGCAGUGGAUAAGCCGGACGGUUUAGCAGUUUUGGGAGUCCUUCUCACGGCAACAUGCCCAGGGAACAGGGUUCUAGGAAAUUUAGCUACUAAACUGAAGAAAGUGAUUGACGAAGGUGCCAGCACCAAUGUGACCGCUGCGGACGGCAUUAAACUGAAUUACCUUAUGCCCUACAAUAACAAACAAGUCGACGAAGAUGAAGAUGAUGAUGAAGACGAAACCGAUGAUGAUGACGUCGCUAACAGCGAAGAAGAUGACGAUGAAGACAGCAAAAAGAAAAUACGUUACUACACUUACAAAGGCUCCCUUACCACCCCUCCCUGCUAUGAAUCUGUCACCUGGAUCGUUUUCAAGGACAAAGUCAAGAUUUCAAACACUCAGCUCAACAAGUUCAGGAAAUUAAAGGCUAAGCAUGGUGGUGCUCCUGGUUUGAUGUGUGACAACAUUAGACCGGUACAACCGCUGUACAAACGCAAGGUGUAUUCCGUUAUCUCAAGCAAGGACUAA